CCCAAAUGAUAUUUAUCUACAACGCUUACAAGAAGAACAAGGAAAAGAAGGCUGCUCAGACUGAAUUGCCUCACUAUGAUCGAAAAUUAACCGACCCAUCCUUGGACGGGUCGUUAGAAAGCAGACCACCUCCAUCCAUCAUUGCUAUGCCGCAACAAGAUGUAGCAACCCCGGAAAUGGCUAUGCCUACCCAGACAUUGGAUGACAAGAAGGCGGCCAGAAAGCAAUGGAUCGUACUGGGAGUGACUCUGUUCGUGGAUAUUGUCAUUCCUCUUAUCUUAUAUUACAUUCUCAAAAACUACAUAUCGCUUUUGGCAGCGCUGCUUAUUUCAAGUGCUCCUCCCAUUAUCAUGAUCGUUGGCAAGUUCAUUAUUUAUAGACAAUUCGAUCCUCUGGGUCUAAUCAUUGUCUUUGGCUUUGUCUUGUCGGCUAUCCUCUCUGUGGUCGAUUCAAAUCCUCGCAUUAUUUUGCUCAAAGAUUCCAUCGUCUCGUCUGCUACUGGCCUCAUCUUUCUGCUCUCUUUGCUACCCCUCCGCUUUGGUCGAUUUAAUCUCCGGCCGCUUACCUAUGGCAUUUCCGCUGAAAUGAUGUCAGCUGCACCCAAGAUUCAAUAUGUGAAGGAGGGAGAGCUGAUAGAACAAGCACCCACCCAGUUUUCAUGGGAACAUAUCAAGUUCUUCAGAACUGGAAUGCGCUUGCUGACAGCCAUGUGGGGUAUUGCCCUCUUGCUUGAAUUUGUCGCUCGACUGAUCAUGUACUUCAGUCCCCUCACCAUCGAUCAACUCGUGCUAUACAGCAACAUCGUCCUUGGUUGCUUACUGGGAACAAUGGGUGUGUUCACUAUCAUUUACAGUCACCACCUUCGAACAAAAACGCGCAAGAUGGUCCAAGAGCUACUGGCCCGGUUUGCCGCCGAUGCUGUUACCUCGUCCAAUGCGGGUUUCACAGACAGCGUGUAAAAAAGAUAUAUAUAUAAACAGACAGGAAGAUCAUUUUUCCUAGUUGUACUUUUAGAUAUUUAUAAUGGAUUCAUGUAAAAUAGUUGAAUAAACUUUGCUCUAC